AUGCAUUUCUACCUUAUGCUAGGUCUUGUUCCUGUACUUCUACUUGCUUUUCUGGUCAAUGUGUUUGUCGGACCAGCGGAGUUAACAGAUAUACCUGAAGAUUAUGAACCACGUCACUGGGAGUAUCACAAGGUAUAUGAAACAACUGUGGGAUGUUAUGAAGAAAUACGCGCUGCAAAAAAAGCGAAGGAAGAGCAAAUAUGGUUCCGUAAAUCUCAACUUGAAUAUGGUGACUACCGUGGUUGGUAUUUUGUUCCAGUUAAUCCGGUUGGCGUUAACCGUUCAUUUAAAAAAUUGAAAGACGAUGAAGAAGCUGCUCAAUUCGUUAGCCGUUGA